AUGGCCCUGACAUUCAAACAGGCUUUCACCUGCAAAAAUGCUGACAUUCUGCUUUUUAUACACAGACAGCCGGGUGGAACCCUCGCGUCAGUUCCUCACUCACUGGCACUUUCUCUUUCUACCAUUCUCUCACUGUCGAUUUGUCUAGCUCGUUUACGCUCUUCUCUCUCUCUCUCUCUCUCUCUCUCUCUGAUCACACAUACAGAACAUUACCGAGUCACUCUUUCUUUUGUUCCUUACCCUCGACUCUCUUUACUCAGUUCCAACUCUCCACUACACCCACCCAACUACCAAUACUCCACGCCUGAAACACACAUCAGUGUUAACCAAGCCCCUCCCCCUAACAACCAUCUUUCUUCAUCAUCACUCGACGAGGACUUUCUUCUCUAUCUCUCUUUCUCUCUCUACAAAACACUCAGACUAGGAGAAAGUAACAGCGAUGGUACCCUGAUGGAUAGUACCCCGAAUAAUAGUAAUAAUGUCAGGAGUUGUCUUGGACCACUAAAAGACACCGAAACUGCGGAAGAUGAAGAAAACAUCACGAUUACCACUGGACCUUUACACCGGCUUAUUAUACUUUACCCGAAACCCCGGCGGACAAUAAAAGGUCGUAAAAUGACUUCUCUUACACUACUGUAUUCAUUAUAUAUGUGCUCUUUCUUUCUUUCUUUCUUUCUUUCUUUCUUUCUUUCUUUCUUUCUUUCUUCUAUCUAUCUAUCUAUCUAUCUAUCUAUCUAUCUAUUGUAG